AUGUACGCGGGCAACUACGGCUUCCCCAAUGCUGUUCCUCCUCCCGGAUCGCAAUACAAUGGCGGCGCCCCACACUCAGCUGCCUCCCCGAGCAUCCAUUUGCAGCCCGGUCAAGGUCCUCCCAACCAGCAGCAUCCGAUGUACAAUACUCAGCAGUUUCCCAUGGGCGCGCAACCUGGCGCCGGCUUUCCUGGCGCCCCGAAUAUGAUGUCAGGUCCAGGUGGUGCAGGAAUGAUGCAGAAUGCCGGCAUGCCGCACAUGGCCGCCGCCAAUGGCCCGAUGCCCAACUAUCAACCUGCGUACACCAACUCGCCCUAUGGCGCUGCCGUCCCUACCUCGGUUCCGCCGCAGAUGAACAUGCCUCCUAAUUAUGCGAUGGGUGGCAUGUCUAUGUCCGGCUACCAGAUACACCCUGGUAUGAACCCUCAGCAGCAGCAAGUGAUGCAACGCAUGCAGCCGCCUCAGAACAACGCGCCGGGCAUGUCGACGCCUACCCAGCGAUCCUUUCCGGGACACCCUCACCAAGGCUCCUCGACCCCGAAUAAUGCGUCGAAUCCCCAUCAAUACCCCUUAUCAACGCCACAAAAUACACACGCGAUGCCUUCCAACCACACGCCGAACAAUGGCCAACAUCAACAUCAACAUCAACCUCAUCAACCUCAGCACCAACCUCAACAUCAACCUCAACAUCAACCCCAACACCCACCUCAACACCAACCUCAACACCAACCUCCUUCCAAUAAUAUCCAGACACCGCAGACGCCAGUGUUCCCGUCCUCUGUCCAGGGUAACGGCCCCGGCAACAGCUCAUCCAACUCGACGCCGUUAAGCCCUGGUCCUGAUUCUAGAGACAAAGAAAGGGUCGGCGUUAUCUUGGAGAUCAACAACGAGUUGCUACUGGAGGCCAUACAGGUCCAACACACUCAGCAGAUUCUCAAGAAGGAACGAACGUUGAGUAAUGGUACCAGCGCUGCUCUGGGCGAGCCGGAAAAGAAAUCCACGGAAGAGGAAGAGAUAUUAACGCAAGACUAUUACCAAUGUAUGCGCAGGCUUCAAGCGAACCUGACCUAUCUUGCCGCCUUGGCCGAUAAGAAGGGAACAGCGGCUCCGUCUCCACCCUACCUCAGUGCGCCGCCCUUGAACAAGAGUGUCAGGUUGAAGAUGAUGGUACCCCCCGACGGAUCGGACAGCCAAGAGGCUCCAGAUCGGGAGGAGACGAUCAAGUAUAUCCAAGAAUUGUACAGAAAACUCCAAGGCCUCUAUCCAGGAGUUGAUCCCAACACAGAACCACCGCCUCCCCCUCCUGCUCGUCAAGGCGCGCUGCCCACGAACACGGCCAGGUCUGGGGUUCAGACACCGAGCCAGGCUAGCCCUAUUUCCGGCAAGCAGAACACCCCUAAAUUAGCAACGUCAGCGCCACCACCAUCGAUAACGACUCCUAUCACAGGUCCUUAG